AGCCUCUACCAGCUGCCGCUGAACCUGGUGAUCGAGAGGCGUCUCUGUCUAGAGUACUACCUCCAUCAUGACCCCUCACAGAUUGGACCUGACGGCGCCGUGGACGAGGUGCUUUGCAAGAUUGAUAUCGUCCAGCAGGGUCUGGGAUGGCUGCAGGGGACGAUGGAUACGAUCUGGGUCGUUGGGGAUCUCCUUAUGACCGUACCCCUGGGGUUUGUGGCAGAACGAUAUGGCAGACGUGUCGUGCUCUGGCUGAAUCUGGUUCCUCGGCUUUUCAUGCUGUCCUGGGCUGUCCUCGUUGGUUUCUUCGACCGGGCCAUCCCAACCAAGGCCAUCGUGAUUGGUCCCAUGCUUUCAUUCCUUGGUGGAGACUGCGUCUUCAAUUCUAUCACGUAUUCCUUGACAGCCGGGAUGACAGACGACUACGUGCUGCGGGCCUCCUAUUUUGGUUACAUGAGCUCCAUCUCGUAUGUUGUGAACCUUCUGGGACCAGCCCUCGCAUCCUUCUCCAUGACGAUACUCUUGUGGCUGCCAUUCUGGAUCGGCAUUGCGCUACUCCUCGCAGCGGCUCUGGUCAUCCGGAUGGUGCCUGACUUCACGUCAUCUGCGAGAUACCCAGACGAGCAGGAACAGCCACUUCUGUCCUCUCCCCUCUUGAAAGCACAGCACGCCGGCCCUUCGUUCGUGCAGUUGGUCGUGGAGAGGUUCCGCACGCUGAAGACAGUACUCAGAAGCCACUCUCGCAAUUUCGGGCUCAUGCUUCUCUGCUUCCUUCUCGCCUCGCUGGCAAGCUCUGACACCAAGCUCCUGGUUCAGUAUAUAUCGAAAAGAUAUCACUGGACUUUCGCCUCAGCCGGAUACCUGAUCUCGGGCAAGGCAGUCGUCAACUUUACCCUUUUGACUUUCAUUGUGCCCCGCGCCCUCCGAUCUGUCGCCGACUCUUCUGCUGGGCAAGGUUCACCAGACGCGUCCGACCGGAUCAACAUCCGUUUCGCCAACGCAUGCUUCGGCGUUUCCAUAAUCGGCGCCCUUGCCAUCGCCCUAGCCGCCACCAUCUGGCUUCUCAUACCAGCCAUGUUCAUCUAUGCUCUGGGCUCGGCACUUCCCAUCUUCACGCUGUCGCUUCUGAAAUCACCAUCGGUCAUCUCCAGCUCCGAGGGCUCGAGCAGCAGCGAGGAUGACGAUGGCCUGCACGCUGGUGAAGCUGAUACUCACAUCUUCUCGAUUGUCAUGCUUGUCAAGACGCUUGGCUCUCUUAUCGGUGCGCCGCUGAUGGCGGUCUUAUGGGUCAAGGGUAUUGGCCUUGGGGGUGGAGCACUGGGCAUGCCAUAUUUCGUGAGCUCGGCUUGCUAUGGUGUA